UCAUAUUUCUACAUCUGCGUACAGACAUUACCGUCCAAAAGGACCUUCACAUUUUCGUCGUAAGAGUUGAUUGCGCACACCUGUUCAAUUUGAGAGACUCGUGUAUAGGUUGGUUGACUUGAGAGCGUUCUCCAGCAAGUUGACGGAUUGAUUUACAAUGGAGACUCCCUUCCACUUGACCUCUGUUUUACUACAACUUUUGAUCAGCGGCCUUUCACUUGGAUCGUCCCCGACCACGUCAAAUCUUGCUGACGAGUUUGGCGAUUCCGUUUUAUACCAACAUGGCAGUAUCUUGUCACCCCUUCUGAAGGCGCUGACCGCACAGGGAGAUCCAUGGCGAUCCACCCCAGUAAUGAGACCCGAGUCGAGAUAUGUUCGAUACAUGAAACGACUGUACAGGAUAUCUUCAAGACAUGAGAGGAGUUCGGAAGGGAACAACCACUUGUACAACACAGUUCGACUUAUAACACCGCGGGAUGAGUGCCUGGAGCAAAGCAAAGAGUUCUUCAUGCAAGACCUCUCCUACAAUUUGGGCCGUGUCAGAGCCAAGGAGCAGCUCCUGAAAUCUGUCCUGCUGUACUCCUUCGACCAAGAGCAGGCCACGUUCAUGACUAACCAGUGUUACCAAGAUGUGAAAGAGCAGGAUACCCACAAUCAGUGUCCUCUCUGCCCAGGCACCCAUCACUCGGUUAACUUCCUGUUCCACACGGAUCGCAGGAGGAAGUGGGUUGAGGUGGACAUCACAGCUUUCCUCCGCCCUCUCAUCCAGUCCCACAAGAAGGACAUUCACCUACUGCUCAACCUGACCUGUGUGGAGGGCAGAGGCAGGAAGGCUAAGGCUGGAGGAGAGGAGUGGAGCGCUAGGAGCCCCAUGGAGCUCCACCUAAGGUCUCCGUCCUUGCUGCUGUACCUCAACGACACCAGCGAGCUGGCUCACCAAAGAUGGCUGCCCACCACGUCACAAGGUCAUCCGAGGUCUGCCAAUGAGGUGGACACCUUAGCGAGCCUGGCGGAGUUCAAACCAGAGCAAAGGAUCAUCCGGAGCGAGAGGAGGCGGCUGAGGAGAGAAUCUCCAUAUCUGUUGACGAACAACGCCGGAGACAAAACGAGGACCUUCCUCCCGGACCUCCUCCCGAGUUCUGACUUCCCUACGAGUGACUGUGCCUUGUACGACUUCAGAGUGAGCUUCAGUGAGCUCAAACUGAGCCAUUGGAUCAUUUUCCCCCACAGGUACAACCCCAGGUACUGUAAAGGCACCUGUCCCAGGGCUGUGGGGUUCAUCUACGGCUCCCCCAGACACACCUUCUUCCAGAACAUGAUCUACCACAAACUGGACUCUUCUGUGCCAAGACCUUCCUGUGUUCCUUCAGAGUACAACCCCCUGAGUGUUUUAACCCUUGAAGCUGACUCCCUCGCCUACAAGGAGUUAGAUGAAAUGAUCGCUACGAGGUGCACAUGUCGCUAAAGUCCCACCUCCAGGGUCGGGCUCAAUUCCAUUUCAAUCUAAAUUGAAAUUCCAAUUGUUCUAAAUACUUUUCAAUGUAAAAAGUGACUGAAUUGAAAUGGAAUUGACCCCGACCCUACCUACCUUCCUGCCUGAUGACGUUUUACCAGCCUCAACACUUUGACUGUUAACCUACCUACUGCGUUGACUGCCGCUCAACUUAUUCCAUCCUCAAUCGCUUGACUUCAAUUACUUCCUCACAUUAAUUGUCUAUUGUAACAUCCUGGUCUUGUGACUUCAUGUCAAAACAUCCGUGUCUUUGUCAAAACAUCAGUGCGUUGAGUUUGGUUUGAUCUAGAACAGAUGUAUUUACUCACUUGCCAAAGUAUUUUUUUUAUCUAAAUGGAAGAUAUGGCAUUAUUUUCUCUUUGUUUAUGUGAAGUGAUAGGAGGAAUGUUGUGAAGACGUCUUGUUUGUCAUCUGCUUUUGCAAUGUGUUGACAUGCAUGGAUUGAUAUUUUACAAAUUAAUUUGAUAUAAUUUAUUAUUAAUAUGAUUUAAGUUAUUUUUGUUAAUUUAUUUGGGGUGUUUUGUCAUUAUUCUUUCACACUAACUGGUACAUUUUAAGUACAUCUGUUUUGGACAAAAUAUUGUUUUAAAGUAGUCCUAUAUACUCGUCUCAAACACUUUCACGUUUCAUUUUAU